UCCCGCCGCCGGGAUCCGCCGGCAUCGGCCGCAGCGGGGCCGGGCCGGAGCCGGGGCUCCGUCUGUCGCUUGCCCCGCUGCAGCCGCCCGCCCGUCCUUCUGCAACCCGAGACAGUCUGUCAGAAGCGGAUCUGAUUCCAUGAAGCUGGGAAAGGAGGAACAAUAAGAAUGUCGGCCCUCAGCUGGAAACCAUUUGUUUAUGGAGGCGUGGCUUCUAUCACUGCAGAAUGUGGUACUUUUCCGAUCGAUUUGACCAAGACGCGUCUCCAGGUCCAGGGCCAGGUGAAUGAUGCAAACUUUAAAGAAAUUCGGUAUCGAGGAAUGAUGCACGCGUUAGUGAGGAUAUGCAGAGAAGAAGGGCUGAAAGCACUGUACUCUGGAAUUGCCCCUGCCAUGUUGCGCCAGGCCUCGUACGGCACGAUAAAAAUAGGCACUUAUCAGAGCCUAAAGAGACUGUUUGUUGAGCGGCCAGAAGAUGAAACUUUAAUGAUUAAUGUAAUAUGUGGAAUUCUCUCUGGGGUGAUUUCAUCAUCCAUCGCCAACCCGACAGACGUUUUGAAGAUCAGAAUGCAAGCCGAGCGGAACGUGACUCGGGGAGGGAUGAUCGGCAGCUUCUUGAGCAUUUACCGGCAGGAGGGAACUAGAGGACUCUGGAAGGGAGUGUCCCUGACUGCUCAGAGGGCAGCAAUUGUUGUCGGCGUGGAGCUGCCCGUCUACGACAUCACCAAGAAACACCUCAUCUUGUCUGGCCUCAUGGGAGACACUGUUUAUACUCACUUCCUCUCUAGCUUCACCUGUGGCUUAGCUGGAGCCAUCGCUUCAAACCCCGUCGAUGUGGUGAGGACCCGCCUGAUGAAUCAGAAAACCUUACGAGGCGGCACACGGUCAGGUUAUCUGGGCACCCUGGAUUGCCUGCUACAGAUGUGGAAGAAUGAAGGGUUUUGGGCUUUAUAUAAAGGAUUCUGGCCCAAUUGGUUGAGGCUUGGCCCCUGGAAUAUUAUCUUCUUCGUGACAUAUGAGCAGCUGAAGAAAUUGGAUUCGUAAUGGAAAACAGAUUGCACGACUCCACCACGGUGAGGAAGCUGCUUUCAGAACUGGGGGUUUGAACAUUUUAGCAUCUUGAACUGCCCUGUCAGUGCUUGGCUCAUUACCUAUUCUGCGAGGCAGGCACGGGGUCCAGAACGCCACUGCAAGAUUGCACAAAUCCAGAUCGUUAAUUGUUUCGUUGGCUUUUUAAACCAAGCGUCACUUUGGAGGGUUUCUACUAAUGUUUAGAAGGGCAUCCUAAAUGAUACCUCACUUUAGCUUUUCAGAGCUCUUGAACCUAUACUUGCAUAAAAAGCAUGCUUCAAUUGCAUCUGAUAAGCCUGUACAGAAACAUGGUGGAAGCCAUCCCUGCGCUUAGUACAUUAAGUGCUUAAUGAAUGCCACAGUGAUUAUUAAUGCCACAGUGGCUAUCCUGCAGAAAUCUUUCUUAAAUGGUCAGCAUACCAUAAUCCAGUUCAACUGUUGACUGGAUGGAUGUGUUUUUUUUGUGUUUUUAUACAAGUCAUGUUGAGAAAGUUCUUGGAAUUGUCCUUUUCAGACAGUUCAAUCUGAUAUUAGGGACUCUCCUAAAGAGCGUCAGCUGUAAACACCAUUCUUGAGACAGCGGUCCUGUUAUCAACUGCCAGAAGGGGGAAAAGAAAGCUGUACUAGUAAGGUGAAAUUAAAUUUCGGUAAUUGAUUUUACGAAGGACUUCUGUUAACGUGAAUGGCUGCACCCCAUAUCCGGGUUUGGUUCGGUCAGCAGCCUAUCCUAGUGGAAGGGAACCCUGAAAUAAAUCAGGAGCCCCAAGAUUUAAUUUCCGGCUCUGUGACCAAUGGCUGUGUGAAAUCCUAACCUCCUCUGAGCAGGCGACCUCACUUAGUGACGCUGAGAGAAUAAGUGAGGGAACACAAGGCACUCUGUCAUCUACCUUAAUGGAGACGAGCCGAGGCAAAGAUCGUUGAAAAAUGAGACAAUCAAGAGAGAGAACUCGGGGGCAGGGGCUUAUAAUAGCUCAGUUGUUCUCCCCGGCUGUAGAAUAGUUGGUUUGGCUAUUGGAGAAAUCUAUCAUGCUUCUGACGGGUUCCUGAAUCCUGAACCUUGGAAAUGGCUUAGGUUUCUGUAAGAGCAAAAGAAAGAGAAAAUGAGAGUCCUGAGUAGCUUUAGCUGUCAUUUGGAAUCACGCCAGCUUAGGGACAGGAGAGGGGAAGGGAAAAAGGAGCUUUCUUUGUAUGCAGAGUGUUCAAAAAGCACUUUGAACACUCUGGAGGGGAAAAAGGAACUUCUGGGGAGCCAAGGUGGUUACUACUUAUUAACAAUAUUUCCUUGUAAAAUUCAUCCCAGAAAUGACUAGCUUCACUUUCCACCCUCUCGGUUUUUACUGUAAUUCAUACUGUGUAUUUAUUAACGUGGGUUCAAGUAUUUAUUAACUCAGGGUCACAGCGGUGAGAGGGUUAGGUCGGGGGUCAAGGGAAGCUGAUUUAUUUCUCUGAAUUAAGGAUUUUGUCAUAUUUGAAAAUGCCCUCUUCAAAAAACAUGUAUAUUCUUUCCCAAGGUGUGAGGGUCCAGGAGGUUUGUUACAACCAAUUUUUUAAAUUAAAGUUAUGGUGAAAGAUGUUCUCACUGUCUAAUUGGCAGAGGUUCAAUUUCUCUGUAAAGUUGGGGUUGCCCCCUCACUCUCUAAUCACUAUGAGAAGGAAUAGAUGGCUCAGAGACCUAGAGAAGGCAACACCUGUGACCGUUUAACCCCAACUGACCCAUCUCUGAGAUCCGCAUGUGCUUCUGGAAGCUUUUUCCCCAGAAUACUGAGAUUUUUCCUCUUGGAAGACUUUCUUUUCAGACCUAUAUACUAACCUGGAAUUGCUUCAAAAUAAUACGGGGUUUUUGGGUUUUUUUUUCGGUCCAAACAAAAAGAUGGAAAGAAAAAGUUUCAAUUGUCUUUGGAUCCCAUUCUAGAUGGCACCAAUAUUUGGAUCCCAUUCUAGAUGGCACCAAUAGAGGCUCGCUGAGUCUACCAGAAGCAAGGAUAUUCGGGUCAAACCCUCCCCUAGCUCUUUUCAUAAACCUCACUUUGAAACAUUCCACUGCUUCAGGUGCUUUGAUACAGAACCUUUCACCCUUGGGUCUUUGUGGGGGUUUUUUGUUUGUUUUUUGAGAGGACUGUUUUCUUGGGUCACUGGUUUUAUUUUUGGUAAUGCACAAGACACUUUGCUUCCGAAGAUAUCUAGGUAUGUUUCUGUAACUGCAUAAUAUAUGUUCAUAUCAAGAAUGAGAUGAGAAUGUUCUAGGGGAGUUUGUUCUUCGAAGGCGAAGAUGAAAUGCGCUGGUUUUGAAGUCUCCGAUGUAGGCAUUAAUCCAUCUCCUUUCCUGAUUUUUGUUGUUCUAUCUGGUGCCGUACUAUUUGUUCCCGAAAAUAAUUCCUAAUGCAUCCAAGCUGGAUUUGGAAUGGAUAUUUUUGACCAAGCAGAACGCAUCUUUUCUCUCCUAAGGGCUUGAAAGUUAGUUGCCACGCUUCAAUAGAACAAGUGAACAUGCUGUACUAAAUGCACUGUUUUGCCAAACUUCACCGUGUUUUGGAGAGAAUGCUGCGGCAGAAUUAGAGGGCCUUGUCCCUCUUCGAGAUGUGGAGGUGGAAGAAGCGGUUGGGGGCGUGGGCGGGGUCAGUCAUGGGGUGAGCACUGUGGGACGGGUUUUCCUUAAAGUGCACCAUAGGGGACUUGGGUGCGUGAGCAAGCUGGGAAGGGGUCUGAGAACAAAGGCUGCCGGGGGCACAGAGGACCCCGACCUUUUGCUGGGCACAGUGGUGGUGUUGAGGGCACCAGGCGUUAGGUGCCCGGGGCGGAGAGAGGGGCAGCGGGGCUGGGAGCCGGUGUUCAGGCUGGGUCAGACCAGGCCGGGUAGGGCCCUGGGCUCAGACCAUGCACCUCUAGAGGGUCAGUGGUGGCUGAGGGGACUCUGGUGUGGUGGCGGGACCUUUGGCGUUGUCCAGGGGAUCUCGGGAGUGACCUCAGAGGACAUAGUAAUGCCUCGGUGCCCAAAAAGUACCCCCUGCCUGGGGAGGUCUUUUCCACCUCCGGGCAGCGACUUUUGACUACACUCCACCCGAGGCAGCGUGGAAACCUGUCGCCGCUGGUGUAUUUAUUUCUCUGGCUUUGGCUGCUGAGAAGUCUGUAAAAAAAUUUUUAAUGCUUCAUCAGGUCCUUGCCUUUCUCAAGCCCCUAGUACAGUAUUCUACACACAGUAAUAGCUGAAUAAAUAUCAUUGAUUGGAGCUUGCGGCAGGAGACUGCUCGCCUCUGGUUUACACACCAGCCAGCUGUUGCGUUGUUGAUGGCUAGAAAAAGAAUUCCAACCUUUACGAGAAUGGGGUAAAAGAAUUUUUUAAAGCUUUUAGCCUGAGAUUUAUAUAAUGGAAAGUAUAUUCUAAAUGGACGCAUAUAGAUUUGCAUACCUCCCUGCUGUUGUAUCUCUAGUCGUUCAUGAGUUAAAAUAUGUGACCAAUAAAACUUUUUGUUUUUGGCUCCUUAAACAUUGUUGGGAUAUGUAGACGUGACUUUCGGUUGCAUAUUCUCUCAUAAAUAAAUGGAAGCGUCGCAAAAUA